AUGAGGAUGAUGACCCGUGGCGGCAUGAGUCAGGUACGCUGCCUGCGGGACCCACUGCCCACUGUCCAUGUCUCUCCCUCGUCUCCCAUUCGCUCUCUUCUUUCUGCUGCCGCCCCACCCCCAUCCCUGUGGGACAAGCUCCUGCCUCCGCGCCCCCAUCCCUCUCCUGCCUCCGCGCCCCCAUCCCUGUGGGACAAGGCAAAGCAGGUGUGGUCGCGGGUCUCCUCCCUCGUCUCCUCCAAACCCUCUCUGCCAGUGAACGAAACAGACCUGCUGACAAUCCGCUCCGAGUACAACGUUAUCUCGACCAAGCUCAGCAAAGCGAGGGGGAGGCUGCGCACGGUGACGGAAAAGCUUGAGAAGGACCUGGGUCCUGACGGCGAGUUUGCUUCAUUCGCCGACCACUGCUUCUCUUUCAAAGUCAACCAGUACGAGUACGAGGUGUGUCCGUAUCGACAGGUGAAGCAGAAGGAGAAGCAUCACUCUGAUACCACUGUGGGCCGCUGGUCGGGCUUUGAGGACAACUAUCGCACGAUGAUGUUCAAGAACGGGGAUAAGUGCUGGAACGGACCGAACCGGAGCAUCAAGGUGAAGCUGGAGUGUGGACUGAAAACAGGCAUCAAGUCAGUAGAGGAACCAAGCCGAUGCGAGUACGAAGCGGUGCUCGUGACGACUGCAGUGUGCAAUGCAGAGCUGGCACAGGAGCUGGAGAGGCAGCUGAAGGAGAUGGAGGAUGAUUUAGCAGGUCACGACGAGCUGUAA